CAAAAAAGUGUCAUAGAGGACUGGAUCCCGUUUUCAGCUGUUCGCACAAAAUUAUUAAAAAUGUGGGCAUAUUAAGGGAUAUAUGGUAGGUUAUCAGGAGUCUAGGAAUUGUAUGGUUGUAUUGCAAACUCUCGGGGACAUACGGUAAAUUUGGCUAAAACUUGUGGGGAAAAAUGUAGUUUGAAGGAUUUUGGUUCGUGUCGUUUUGGUAACCGUGUGCCCUAGUUCAUUUCCAGGCUCCAGUAACUCUGUAUUUCCCGCUUCCAAGAAUCAUCGUUUGUCGAUCCUCCAGCUUCAGCUGUAAGUUUGGUUUUCAAUCAAAUCUUUGAAUUUAUUUUCUCGAUUAUUCCUACUCUUUAAGCAUAUGCUAAUUCCAAUUGUAGAUACUUUUCUGGGAGAUUUUUUUCCCCGAAUUUGUGUUUCUAUCCUUAUUCCAAUGUGUUUGAAGAUUUUGAUUUCAAGUUUAGGGCCCUCUUUGUUUAGGGCUCCCAUAUAGUACCAUUUUCAGAACUGUUUUUAACUUAAAUUCUUCUCUAAUUGGAGAAUGACAUAUUCUAGCUGUUAAUUUCAGAACUGAUAAAUUGCCUGAAACCUGUUUGUUGUAGGGCAGGUGUUAUUUUUAUGGAUCAUAAUGAUAAUCAAACUCCCCAAGGGGAAACGGCACGGAUAUUGGUAGAAUUUUUGGAGGUUGCUAUAACAUCGAUAGUGUUCCUCAAAGGAGUGUACCCAAAUGGGGCUUUUGAGAGGCGGCGAUACAUGAAUGUCGUAGUUCACAAAGCCAGACAUCCUCAACUCCGGGACUAUAUACAGUCUUCUGUCAAUGGACUUCUCCCUUUCAUUAAAAAGGGAUUGGUGGAGAGGGUUGUGAUUAUUUUCUUUAAUGAUCAGAAUGAACCGAUGGAGAGAUUUGUGUUCAAGGUUAAUUUGAACCUUUCAUAUGGUUCAAAGGUGGAAGAAGCCAAUCUGGAGUUUGCUCUCAGAUCAUUCUUGAUUAAGCUGCCUGUGUCAGAAUCUCUUACUAAAACUCUUCCCAAAGGUUGCAGGUGGGAGAUAACUUCUUACUUCCGUGCUUUACCUGAAACUGGUAAAAGCAAAGAUGCUGAGAUGUGGAUUCCUACUGAGACGAAGCAGUGGCAGCAGCCACCAUUGAUAACCCCGAUCAAGUCUAUGAACAGUGAGCCGCUUGGGGUGCAACUGUACCUCGAGCAUCCAAGUUUAUCUAAACCCGAGGUGUGAGCAGAAUGAUAUCUAUCUACCCCAUUUGGGUACAUCUUUUCAAACCUUUUCACAGCUUUCACUACAUAUGCUUGUUGAGGAAAAUUGAUUAUGCAAAAAUCCUUGCCAUUGAAGUUGGUUGCAGCAUAGGAGUAUAGUCUGAGCUUAUUUGCUUCAUUUAUCUGGCUUGAAUACUAGGACAGAGACCUUCGCCGAGCAAUAUCCUUGAUGCUAGUUGAACUUUAGUCAUUGGUUUUGGUUUAGAAGUAACCUUUAGAAAUAUAAGGUUGAUGGUCAUUGGUAAGUAACUAAGUAUUGAUACCUCUUCUAGAACUGAGCAGUUGGCAUCGGAAGAAGUUAAUAAGCUUAUAGAACCUUCUUAAAAAUGGUAUGCAGGAUGGAAUUUUGAGAGGAGAUGGGUAGAAAAACUAUACAACAAAAGGAGGUUACCGAUGGAUGAGAGGAGAAAAGGGGAAACAUAGAGAAGCACUGAUAAUCGGGAGUCCAUAUUUCAUCCCCAAACACAGCUUCAUCUGCUGGGUUAACUUGUAAAGAUCAACUGCUAACACAGGAGAGGCUAGAAAAAAUGCAAUUGUCACAAGGAGGGAUAAGAUGUGAACUAUGUGCAGAGAAUAAAGAAGAUGUUGACCACCUGUUCUUUAAAUGUGGAUGUGCGCUGGAGCUGAUUCAAGGGAUAAUGGAUUGGCUGCAAGUAAAAAUAAAGCUGGAUUGUUUCAGGAGUAGUACUACAAAAAUUAUGCUGAUAUGGAGAUACAGCAGAGUAGAAAGGCUUUUGUUUGCUUGCAUUACAGUAGCAGUCUACCACAUAUGUAUAGAAAGAAACGAAAGAAAAUUUGGAAAGAACAAAAAGGCAGAAUUCAGUUUCAUUGAAGGAAAGGUAGUAAUGGCGCCAUUCGAUAUUUGAAAACACUAGGGAAUCUUCCUUAUGCUUUGUCAAUCCAUGUUGAUCAGUAAGAAAGCUGUAAAGAUCCAUCAGAUUUGUGAAGCAAUAAAAUUUUAUAUUUUACCCAAGAAAAAAGAGUGAAAUAAUUAUAUAUAGUAAAGUAUUUACGAGUAGCAUUGGAAGUUUCACUUUACUGAGUUGUCUGAGCUCUUUUGCAAAGCCUCGUGUUACAAAAACUUGACAAAUGUUGGUCACCUAAUUGCUGGCUUUAUGCCCCCCUCCCCCUUCUGCCCCACACACAGUUUCACACACGCGCACACAGUUUUGUUUCUUGUUCUGAUGUUUAUGGAUAGUUACUUGGAAUCCUUGGAGUUCACUCUUGGAUUUCCCUGAUGCCACAUGAUAGAAAAUGAAUUUGAGCCCUCAAAUCUUGUCAGAUCAAUAAUGCUGAUUUGCAGGAAUUCAAAUGUCGCCGCAGAAUACCCAUGAAAAGACAAUCUGCCAAAGUAGGCAGGUUUGGUCUUUUUUUACUCAAGACUCCAUCUUUCUUGCAUUUUGCUCCUUCCCUACAGAAUUAGAUGACUAGCUUUCCUGCAGGCAGUUGGAACAGUUGAAUGAGCAAAGGAUGGUUUUGUAAGCAGCAAAUUUAAAAAAGCUGAGCAGUCAGUUUUCAUUGGAAGAUCUGAUGGUUGAAGCUCUUCAAGAUAGAACUAAUCUACAAAGGGGAUAUUGUCGUCAUCAGAGUUUCAUAAAUUCGGGAGAAAACAAAAUCACUUGGGCAGAGUUUCUGUGAAGUCGGAAGGAAGGCUAGUCAACAUGAACUACCAUUAUCCCUAACUACUACUCCCUCCGUCCCAGAAAAAUAAUCCACGUUCAGUUAAGAUUAAUUUUAAAAUUAGUAAAAAUUUCAAAAGUCAAUGUGGACUAUUUUUUUAAAAAUAGAGGGAAUACUUUGACGCAACCAAAUGGACUUUGUAAAGCGUACCAUUGGAAACAGAGUUCAUUAGAUCAAUUGUUCAAUUGAGAAUGUAUAGAAAUGAAGCCAAUGCGCUUCAGAAUUACUUCCCCC